GUGCUCUAUUUGGAGGGAAGUAGUCGGAUAAUCGAGCCAUGUGAGAAGGUUGGACGCUGGCGUCACUUCUUCCACGCCCUCUAUCUCAAUUGCCACAGCUUCGACAUUGACCCUGGCAUCAGCCAACGUGUGCUCACAAUCGAGCUCUUAAGCUACCUUAAUGAGCGCCAUGACGAAGUGGAGUGCCAUGACUGCUUUGCCUCGGAGAUUAAGUCCCAACUUUCAGGCGCUGUAGUUGUGGUGCAUACAGCUAGCACCUAUCCCGAUGUGAACCAGGAGGGCAUCAACCUCCAGCCCGGCACUCUUACCGAAAUCAAAAUUAAGGCAAUCGAAAAUAUCCAAAAGGAACCCCCCUAUGGUCGUUGUGCUCGAGACACUCCCACUGAAAUUCCCGGCCAUGAUAAUUUGAGCUAUGCCUACUCGGAGUACGGAUGUCGAAUGUACACAAUUCAGGUAGGCUGA